UGUUGUUGACAAUUGAAUUACUCCAUAUGACAUGAAUUUACGCGUGUAAGAUUAGACCGGCAGCCCAUAUCUGAUCCGUUUAUCUAUGUUAUUGUUGCCGAUCAGCCAGUGUUAUAUAUAAAUAACUCAAUUUAAAAUCAGACGCGGCCAUUAGAGUUGUUGUUUUUCUGGUUAAUGUCCCUCCAAGCAUGGUAGAAAUUAUUCUGGGAUUUUUAGUGUUCCUUCUUUUGGGCUACGCUUACGUAAAUAGGUCCUACUCGUACUGGAAACGCAAAGGUGUAGAGCAACUGGAGCCUGCCUUUCCGUUCGGCAACUAUGGCAAUUUUUUCCGUCAGAAGCAAUCGUUUUAUUUGUUUUUUAAAGAAGUUUACGGCAAACUAAAGUCUCGCGGAGUUAAGUUCGGAGGCUUGUACUUUGUGCUGAGACCAGUACUCGUUCCGUUGGAUUUACAAGUUAUCAAAGCCAUCACCAUUAAGGACUUCGAUCACUUUGGAGAUAGAGGGUUUUAUGCGAAUACUGAGGCGGACCCGCUUUCCGGCCACUUGGUUAGUUUGGACGGUCUCAAGUGGAAAUCGCUGAGGAUAAAGCUGACGCCCACUUUUACCUCCGGCAAGAUGAAAACGAUGUUCGGUACAAUACUGGAGUGUGCAUCGACCUUAAACGAGGUGCUAUCCAAACACGCAGAGGAUAAAAAUUCCGUGGACAUUAAGAACGUUCUCGAACGAUUUACUAUGGACGUCAUAGGUUACUGCGCGUUUGGUAUCGACUGCAAUUCCUUAAAGAAGGAGACUCCGGAGUUCGUGAAGUACGCCAAAAGGGCAUUCAACAACAGCUUCUGGGACAAUUUCAAGGUAAUGUUGUCUCAAGUGUUACCGUAUAAGAUUGCGAGGUUAAUCAGACUGAAAAUCACCAACGACCAAGUGGAAAAAUUCUUUUUGAACAUCGUCAAAGAUACCGUAGAAUACAGGGAGCGGAACAAGGUGGCGAGGAAGGACUUCCUGCAUAUGCUGCUGCAGCUUAAGAAUCACGGCAAAGUCUUGGACGACGAGCAGGUUUUCGAAAAAACUGGCACGGGGAUGAGCUUGAACGAGAUCGCGGCGCAGUGCUUCGUCUUCUUCCUCGCAGGGUUCGACACUUCAUCCACGACAAUAAUGUUUGCUCUGUACGAGCUGUCAAGAAAUCAGGAGUUGCAGGACAAGGCGAGAGAAGAAAUCCUUUCGGUUCUCAAUCGACAUAACAAUGAGAUCACCUAUGAAGCUGUACUUGAGAUGCAUUACUUGGAACAGGUGGUGCAGGAAGCACUAAGGAUGUACCCUCCAGCUGCGCAUAUUCAACGCAUCUGUGUCAAAAAAUACAAGGUACCGGGGGCGGACUUAACGAUCGAAAAGGGGACUCUCCUACAGAUUCCCGUAUCGGGACUCCACUGGGACCCGGAGUACUACCCCGAACCGGAAAAGUUCGAUCCGGAUCGGUUCAGCGAAGCGAGGAAAACAUCCAUUCCCUCCAUGGCCUAUAUGCCCUUUGGUGAAGGACCCAGGCAGUGCAUAGGGAUGCGUUUUGGACUGGUGGAGAGCAAAGUCGGACUGGCUACGAUCCUAAAGGAUUUCCGGCUCACGCUGAACAAAAAGACCCCCGAUCCUUUGGAAUUCGGAACUGUUUCCAUUAUUACAUCGCUUAACCAUCCUUUGUGGUUGGAUAUGGUUAGAUUAUCCGACAACUGCCUCCAGGCACAACCUGCCAUGUUUAUCUUCGUCGUUCUGAGCUUGCUAGUAAUUUUCAUCGCAUGCCACGUCAGACGUUCGCAUAGUUACUGGAGACGCCAUGGCGUGGAAGAGAUUUAUCCGAUCCACCCGAUAUUUGGCAACGCCAGAGAGGUGUUCCUCUGCAACGAGUCAGUAUACGAGUUCUUCCUGCGAGUGUAUCCAGUUUUCAAAAAAAAAGGCGUCAAAUACGGCGGCAUUUACACGUUUGCUGCUCACAACCUAGUGAUCAUGGAUCCCGAACUGAUCAAUGACAUCAUGGUGAAGAGCUUUGAUCACUUCGGGGAUCGGGCCGGGUAUCUGGACGAGAAAAGGGAACCACUUACCGCACACUUGGUCAACCUCAAAGGAGCCAAGUGGAAAUCGAUGCGGAACAGAGUGACACCGACUUUUACCUCUGGCAAAAUGAGGAUGAUGUACCACAUUUUCGUAUUUUGCUCGUUGGGCCUUCGAGAUAUGAUCGGAAAGCAUGUCAGGAAAAAAGAAAGCGUCGACAUUAAACGCGUUCUGGCCCGAUUCACCACCGAUAUCGUCGGCAAUUGCGCGUUUGGAUACGAAUGCAACGCGAUGAAUGAUCCAAACUCAGAGUUCAACGCCUACGGGAGGAAAGCGUUCGAAAGAACUUUGUGGGAGAAUGCUAAACUGGUGAUAGCCAGUAUAAUCCCGAAAUCGGUAGUCAACGCUCUGGGAAUUCACGUCACCAACGAAGAGGUGGCGAAGUUUUUCAUAAACGCGAUCGUGCCGGUCAUCAAGUAUCGGGAAACGCAUAAAAUAUCACGGAGAGACUUUCUGGGUAUGUUGCUGCGGAUCCGGAAACGCGACGACGAAGCCUUCGAGAAAACCGGAGACGAAUGUUCUCUGACCCUCACUCAAAUCGCCGCUCUCUGCUUCGUGUUCUUUCUGGCAGGUUUCGAGACCUCGUCCACGGCGAUGACGUUUGCUUUGUACGAACUCGCCUGCAACCAGGACGUCCAAGACAAACUGAGGCGGGAAAUAAAUAGGGUACUACGCACAUACAACGGAGAGAUGACUUACGAGGCGAUACAAGAAAUGACGUACCUGGAAAACGUCAUCUAUGAAGCGUUGCGCAAAUAUCCGCCCAUCGCAGUCAUCCCCAGAACGUGUACCCAAACGUACAAAAUUCCGAACUCGGAUAUUGUUAUCGAAAAAGACGACGUGGUAUAUAUCCCGACGUCCGGGCUCCACUGGGACCCGGAGUAUUUCCCGGAACCGGAGAAGUUCGACCCGGAUCGCUUCACCGACGAAAACAAAGCGACCAGACCACGGUUUGCGUAUCUAGCGUUUGGGGGCGGUCCCAGGAAUUGCAUUGGUCUAAGAUUUGGACUGCUCCAAAGUAAAGUGGGCGUGGCCACCAUAGUCAGAAAUUUUCGAUUGACCUUGAAUCCACGGACGGCGCAACCACUCAAGUUCGACGGAGGAGUUUUCACUACGACAGCAGAAGGAGGUAUCUGGCUGGAUGUUCAACAUGUUUAGUUUCUUCCGUUUUUAGGACUCAACAC